CUUUGCAUUCCCGACUUCUGAAGGCCACAUAAAGCCAGCACUGGAGAGCUGACAAGAGCUGAGCCGACGGGACUGUGCAGAGCUCAGCUGGAGCCUGGCCAUGGUACUGUGGGGUCCAGUGCUGGGAGCCCUGCUCACAGCCCUUGUGGGAUGCCUGUGUCUGUCCAUGCUGCUCAGGCACCGCAGGCCCCAGGAGCCGCCUCUGGACAAAGGUUUUAUACCCUGGCUGGGUCAUGCCAUGGCUUUCCGGAAGAAUAUGUUUGAAUUCUUGAAGGGAAUGCGGGCCAAGCACGGGGAUGUGUUCACAGUGCAGCUAGGGGGUCAGUACUUCACCUUUGUCAUGGACCCCCUCUCCUUUGGCCCCAUCAUUAAGGACACACAGAAAACACUAGACUUCAGGAAGUAUGCACAGGAACUGGUGCUAAAGGUGUUUGGAUACCAGUCCAUCAAUGGAGACGACCAGAUGGUACACUCAGCCAGUACUAAGCAUCUGAUGGGACGAGGCUUGGAGGACCUCAACAAGACCAUGCUGGACAGUCUGUCCUUGGUGAUGCUAGGGCCCAAAGGCCCGAGUCUGGACGCCAGUUCCUGGCGUGAAGACGGCCUCUUUCACUUCUGUUACAGAGUCUUGUUCAAGGCUGGCUUCUUGAGCUUGUUUGGCUACACCAAAGACAAGGUGCAGGAUCUUCAGGAAGCGGAGGAGCUGUUCACCAAGUUCCGCAAGUUUGAUCUUCUUUUCCCCAGGUUUGUCUACUCCCUGCUGGGGCCCCGGGAGAGGGUAGAAGUGAGCCAACUCCAGCAUCUCUUCCACCAGAGACUCUCUGUGGAGCAAAACCUGGAGAAAGACGGCAUAAGUAACUGGUUAAGCUGCAUGCUUCAGUUUCUGAGGGAGGAAGGAGUAGAUUCAUCCAUGCAGGACAAAUUUAACUUUAUGAUGCUCUGGGCCUCCCAGGGGAACACAGGGCCAACCUGUUUCUGGGCCCUCUUAUUCUUGCUAAAGCAUCAGAAUGCCAUGAAGGCUGUGCAAGAGGAAGCCACCCGGGUCCUGGGUGAGGCCAGGUUGGAAGCCAAGAAGUCCUUCGCCUUCACGCUCAGUGCUCUGAAAUGCACCCCGGUGUUGGACAGUGUGAUGGAGGAGACUCUGCGACUGGGCGCUACCCCCACUCUCCUCAGGGUGGUGCAGAAAGAUUACAUCCUAAAGAUGGCCAGCGGGCAAGAGUACCAGAUCCGUCGUGGAGAUAAGGUGGCUCUCUUCCCCUACCUCUCAGUGCACAUGGACCCUGACAUCCACCCUGAGCCCACAGCCUUCAAGUAUGAUCGGUUCCUCAAUCCUGAUGGUACCCGGAAAGUGGACUUCUACAAGUCAGGCAAGAAGAUCCACCAUUACAACAUGCCUUGGGGCUCGGGCAUCUCCAUCUGCCCUGGCAGGUUCUUUGCCCUCAGUGAGAUGAAGAUCUUUGUCCUGCUUAUGGUCAUGUACUUCGACUUGGAGCUGGUGGACCCCGACAUGCCUGUGCCCCCUAUUGACCCAAGGCGCUGGGGCUUCGGCACCUCACAGCCUAGCCACGAGGUGCGCUUCCGCUACCGCCUGAAGCCCAUGCCGUGAGCUCACAGCCAUCCUUCUGGCUCUGCAGCACCCCUACCUCUCCCUAGGAUCCUUGCUCUCUUGCCUCCUGGACAUCUCAUAGGUUGUCAUGCUCCCUGAAAGAUGCUGCUUCCCCAGUGGGUUUUGCCAGACCCUCCUCUCAGGAGGAGCACCCAUGAGUCAAAUGGCAUCUUGCGAACACUGCCUCAAUCCCUCCUGCCUGCUUUAUUCGGUGCCCUUUACUCCACAUCCUAUGGGUUCAGAGUCUAGAGAUGUUGUUCAGUGGAGUCAAGCCAUGCAUGUGAUUGUUGAUUCCCUAAUAGAUGCACUGAGAGAAAGCAAAGGCUUAAAGGUGAGGGUUGUUCUCCAGUGUGUAUCUCUUAGCCCAGAGUUUCCAAAGAACUAGAACUUAAACAGUUUCAGAGAGACUCAUCUGGUGCUUUGUG